UUUUUUUUUUUUUUUUUGAGUCUCUACGCAGGAGCAGGAGGAGGAGGAGCUACUCUUUUAUGUAAACAAAAACUACUAUUGAGGAUAUAAAUACUUUCCUAUAUUGGGACAUAUCGGCAACUGCUAAGUUUCUUUCCAUCUCUCUCUCUAUCUUUCUUUUCUCUCACCGUCUCUGUCUUCCUCAAAAAAAAUAUACACUCCCCUCACUUUCUUUGUUGCUUCGGUUUAGGGGUUUGCCCUCUCUCUCUCUCUCUGAGUGUGAAAAGAAAAUUUGUGCUUACUUAAUUACCACGUUUACCGGAGCUUCAAGUGCACGUUUAAUUUUCUCAACCCAUCAGUUUUUUUUUCCCUUACAUAUAUCAAAACAACGGGUCAUCCUAUCUUCCCAGCGAAAAUCUGUCGAUGCUCUGAUCUUCGGGUCAUAAAGAUUGAGCCUGCUGAUCGAUUUCUGGUUUUGGACUCUUGUUUCAAUUUCUAUAAGAUUUAUUUGGAAACUCAAUUUUCGUUUUCGUUCCCUCCUGCUAGUUGAAUGGUAGUCUGUUGAAGAGUGUAAAAUCUGUCUCAUGCUAGUCAUAUACUGACUGCUAUUUAAAAUAUAUAUUAAAAAAAAAACUACUAUCUUCUACUGAAGCAAUAUAACAGUUCUUCUGUUUAUACUAGACGAUGUAUUGCUCAAACCACAUAAAGGGUGCAAUUCUAUUGUAUGCGUCGGUCCCUUCUUUUGUUUGUCCUUGAUCAGGGCUUGAUAAACCACUGACCCAAAAAAAAAAAAAUUUAAUUACUGCUAGACACAAUUGGUUAGAUGAUGAUUGCGGAUAUGUGUCCUCGAGGACUGGCUGCAACAGAAUUUAGUUACAGGAUACAUUGGGGUGAUUUUUAACUUCAGUUUGGGGAGAAAUGGUCGUUUGGUAGGAGGGGGGAAAACAGUGGUGAUUGUAAUAAUUUGGGAUAAGGUAGGCUGGUCUGAGCGUUUUUGGAUGUGAGGCUCUUUUAGCAUGAAGCACUCGGGGAUUAGCUGAGUGAUUGUUUUGCAACCAUGAGUUGCAGUGACAAGUAUAACAGAGGAGAACAGAGGGACUGCGAAACACCAGUUGUCGGUUGUGAAUCAGAUGAGGGUGCCUCCAGGAAUGGAUCAACAACAACCGCAACCUCCCCACAUUUUUGUAUUGAUCAAAAAGUUCUCGUUGACCCUAAACAGCUCUUUAUUGGAUCAAAGAUUGGUGAGGGAGCUCAUGGAAAAGUUUACCAAGGGAGGUAUGGAGAUCGAAUUGUUGCCAUAAAGGUCCUCAAUCAUGGCAACAAUUCUGAAGAAAGGACUGCACUUGAAGGUCGUUUUGCCCGAGAAGUGACAAUGAUGUCAAGAGUUAAGCAUGAAAAUCUUGUGAAGUUUAUUGGAGCGUGUAAAGAUCCCUUGAUGGUGUUAGUUACAGAGCUAUUACCAGGCAUGUCACUUCGAAAGUAUUUGGUCAGCAUCCGUCCAAAGCAGUUGGAUCUUCAUGUGGCACUAAAUUAUGCCCUUGACAUUGCUCGAGCUAUGGAUUGUUUACAUGCUAAUGGGAUUAUCCAUAGAGAUCUUAAACCUGAUAAUUUGUUGCUUACGGCCAAUCAGCAGUCUGUGAAGCUAGCAGAUUUUGGCCUUGCAAGGGAAGAAUCUGUAACCGAAAUGAUGACUGCAGAAACAGGGACAUAUCGUUGGAUGGCCCCUGAGUUGUACAGCACUGUUACCCUGCGUCAGGGAGAGAAGAAGCAUUACAAUAAUAAGGUAGAUGUUUACAGUUUUGGGAUUGUUUUUUGGGAACUACUGACGAACCGUAUGCCGUUUGAAGGAAUGUCAAAUUUGCAGGCUGCUUAUGCUGCUGCUUUUAAGCAAGAGAGGCCUUCCAUUCCAGAAGACAUUUCCCCUGAUCUCGCUUUCAUUAUGCAGUCAUGCUGGGUUGAGGAUCCCAAUCUGCGACCUAGCUUCAGCCAAAUCAUCAGGAUGCUGAACGAAUUUCUCUUUGCACUGCCGCCACCAGAACCAUCUUUGCAGGAAGCCCGGUCCAAUGAAGCAACAGUUACAAGUAAUGGCAGUAUUGCAGAACUUUCUGCGCGAGCUAGAGGGAAAUUUGCCUUUCUGCGUCAGCUCUUUGCUGCAAAGAAGGCAAGAAACUCACAGUAACCGAGUGAUUGCCUAGAUGCUUUUUGACCUGUUUCGACAAUGGAAAAGAAAGCAAGCCUUGCAGGUUUUUGAAGCAGAAGUAGAAUCGUUAUGCAGUCUUGAUUCAUUAGAAGGACAAGUUUGAAAAGUAUCUAAUACAAUCUGUAAUUAUCUGCAAACUUGUUGAGGAAAAAUAUAUAUAGAUGAAUGACUAUUUCUAAGCUCAGGCCACUUGAUUCCACUUGA